AUGGCAGUUUCAAACGAGACAAGCUUACUGAGCCCUCCGCUCUAUCUCCACCCUCAAAAUGCGAGCGAGGUGCUAGAUAUAUGGCACGGCGCGUCUCGGGGGUUGAAGGGACAUCAUCACUCCCGUCUCCGCCACCACCAUGUCCCAUCAUUUCCAUCCCCAUUCCAUCCAUCGACAACCAUCUCCGUCUCCGCCUUCAUCAACUUCACCCCUCCACCGCGCCUCUCCAAACUCCCCCUUCCAAAGCCCAUACGCAUGCGUACGCCACUGCUAGUCUUUGACGCCGUUGAUAUUGAGCUCCUCAACGAAGGUCUUGAAGUCGAUGUUCCUGUUCGUCAAGCGCGACCCAGUCCCUCCGCGCUGCUGUACAAAUACCCGCGCUCGGUGUACUCGGGGUUGUCGCGCGUGUCUUGGCCGGUGUGCACGCGGAAAUACGCGAUCCAGACGUCGUUGCCAGCGUUGGUGUAG